GUCAAACUUUUUUUUAUCAUGUUUUACCAUGGUUGACUGAGGUUUGCGGAAAGCUCAGAAGAUGGAGGACUGCAUAGAUAUAUGUGUCAUCAAGGUGAAAUCACCAUCGGACUUCCUUAUAAGAGAGGUGGCGUCCCUUGGAAUGUCAGAUGAGGCCAAGGGUUUCCAUAGGCUUAUUGAAGAGCUUAACAAGUACUUUGAGAAUGAUCAAAUCAUCAAACAAGCUUUUACUCCUCAGAAAGGACAGGUGUAUGCUGGUAGAAGACCACAGGAUACUAAUUGGUACAGGGUUAGAGUGGAAACGUAUCUUGAUAGACGCAGUGGUCUUCAUGCCAGUUGUUUUCUUCUGGAUGAUGGAAAAAUAGAAACAAUAAUCCUAUACAAAGCCUGGCUUGGCACUCAUCACUGA